CCGCGGCGCCGGGGCUGAACUUUCGGGGCGUGAGACCGGCACAGGGCGCUGCUGCGUCGUGUGAGAGCCUGGCCCGCCCCCGAGCCCGCAGGCUGCAAAAUAACAUCCACGUUGUGCUACGGAUCUGCCCAUCCUUCCAAGGGACGGGGAAGAGAAAUGGCUUCACUGGAGCCCGUGACGUUUGAGGAGGUGGCUGUGUAUUUCUCCAACGAGGAAUGGGCCCUGCUGGACCCCACUCAGAGAGCCCUCUACAAGGACAUCAUGCAGGAGAGUUAUGAGAUUGUGACCUGGCUGGGUAAGGAUUCCUGUCCCCUCAGCAGGAUUUCCAAUUUCCAAACCAGAUGUGAUCUCCGGGCUGGAAUGAGAGGAGGAGCCGUGGGUCCAUGGUCUCCAGGGCUCUGAGGAAAGGAGGAUCCCAGGAGACAUCCACAUGGUAGGUGAUGGGACGGUGAGUGAGAAUGAGGAGGAGAAUCCUCAGCAGGAAGAUCCUGAGCCGGUGGAACCACACAGGACAGUAUGGGGAACCUCUGAAGGGGGUGUCUCCCCAAGCCCUGAGGAGGGAGAAAACCGUGAGAGGCAGCGCAGGCCAGAGAGGCAGCAGGGAAUCCAGUCAGCAGAGAGAAGGGUUAAAUCCACUCACAGGAGCAAAGGGGUUAGGAAAAUCAAAGAAACUGUUCAGGUGCGGAUCCCCACUGGAGACAGACCCUAUAAGUGCAGUGCCUGUGGGAAAAGCUUCCACUGGAGAUCAGUCCUUAUUACUCACCAGAGAAUCUACACUGGCGAGAAGCCCUAUAAAUGCAGUGACUGUGGGAAAAGCUUCAGAGAAAGCUCAGCCCUCACUAAACACCAGAGAACCCACACGGGGGAGAGACCCUACAAAUGCAAUGAGUGUGGGAUAAGCUUCAGUCACCACUCAGCCCUCGUUACUCACCAGAGAAUGCACACAGGAGAGAGACCCUAUACGUGUGAUGACUGUGGGAAAAGCUUCCGCUGGAGAUCAUCCCAUAUCACUCACCAGAGAAUCCACAUGGGAGAAAAACCUUACAAUUGCCCUGACUGUGAGAAAAGUUUCAGACAGUAUUCAAACCUUAUUAAACAUUACAGAAUCCACACAGGAGAGAAGCCCUGUAAAUGCCCUGACUGUGGUAAAAGCUUCACUCAGAGCUCCCGCCUUACUGAACAUCAGAGAAUGCACACAGGAGAGAGACCCUAUAGUUGUCCCGACUGUGGGAAACGCUUCUUCAUCAGCUCAACCCUCAUUCACCAUCAGAGAAUCCACACUGGAGAGCGACCCCAUAAGUGUCCCGAGUGUGGGAAAAGCUUUGUUCGGCAAUCACAACUGGUUAUACACCAGCGAAUCCACACAGGAGAGAAGCCCUAUAAAUGCAAUGAUUGUGGGAAAAACUUCAGUGACAGAUCAGAUCUCACUAAGCACCAGAGAAAACACACCGGAGAGAAUCCCUUCAAGUGCACCGAGUGUGGGAAAAGCUACUGUUUCCGAUCAGACCUCACUAAACAUCAGAGAAUACACACAGGAGAGAAGCCGUUCAAUUGCCCUAAAUGUGGGAAAAGCUUUGGUCAGAGAUCUGACCUUAUUGUACACCAGAGAAUCCACACAGGGGAGAGACCUUAUGUAUGCCCCGAGUGUGGAAAAAGCUUCAGUGACAGAUCAGACCUCACUAAGCAUUGGAAAAAACACACAGAAGAAAAGCCCUACAAAUGCCUUGAGUGCGAGAAAAGUUUUGAUCGGCACUCAAAUCUUAUUAUGCACCAGAGAAUCCACACAGGAGAGAAACCCUACAAUUGCCUGGCCUGUGGGAAAAGCUUCAGUCGCAGUUCAACCCUAACUACGCACCAGAGGAUCCACACGGGCGAGAAGCCCUACAAAUGCCCUGCGUGUGGGAAAAGCUUCAGGGACAACUCGGCUUUUAUUAGGCAUCAGAGAAUCCACACUGGAAAGGGACCCUACUUGUGCGGUGACUGUGGGAAAGGCUUCAGUCAGAGUUCAACUCUUAUUCACCAUCAGAGAAACAACAUGAGAGAGAAACCCUACAAAUGCAACAAGUGUGGGAAAAGCUUCAGUGUGAGCCCAAAGUUUCUAUUACAUCAAAGAACCCACACAGGAGAGAGACCCCAUGAGUGCCCCAUGUGUGGGAAAUGUUUCAGUGUGAGCUCCAACCUUAUUCAACAGCAGAGAAUCCACACGGGAGAGAAACCCUAUAAGUGUCCCAAGUGUGGGAAAAGCUUCAGUCUGAGAUCGACCUUUCUAUCACAUCAGAGAAUGCACACACAAGAGAAACCCUAUAUCUGCCCUGAGUGCGGGAAAAGCUUCGGUCACACUACAUAUCUCACUAGUCACCAGAGAACGCACAUGGGGGAGAAACUCUACAAAUGCAGUGAGUGUGGGAAAAGCUUUAGUCAGAGUUCAAACCUUUAUAUGCAUCAGAGAAUUCACAUGGGAGAGAGACUCUAUAACUGCCCUGAGUCCAGGAAAAGUUUCAGACUGAAGUCAACCCUUGUUACUCACAAGAGAAUCCACAUGGCUGGGAAAUGGUUUAAAUGCCCUGAAUGUGGGAAAAGCUUCAAUUUCAUCACAUCCCUUAAGAAACAUCAGAGGAUGAACAGUGGAGAGUAACCUUAUAAGUGUCUUGACUGUGGGAAACGUUUCUGUAGCAGCUCAGCCCUUUGCAAUCAUCAGAGAACCCACCUUGAGGAGAGACCCUACAAAUGCAAUGAGUGCAGGAAAAGUUUCAAUCAAAGCUCCAACCUUAUUCAGCAUCAGAGAAUCCAGACAGAAGAGAGACCCUAUAAUGGCCCCAAUAGUGGGAAAAGCUUCAGUUGGAAUCAACCCUUAUUAAGCACCAGCAAACUCACACAAAAAGAAAUGCUAUAAGUGAGCUGAAUGUGGGAGAGGCUUCAGUGCAAGCUCAAUCCUUAUUACACAUCGCAGACUCCACACAGAAAUGUCCUGGCUAGGAAUGGGCCAAGGGAAUAACACCUUUGUUGAGUCCCACAAAUCUCAGAGGGCAGGCCAGGUUGGAGUAGCCAUGUAACAGGGACCUGCAAGGAUUAUUAAAGCUGAGCAUGAAAUUAUUCUCCUGGAACAGACCUGUGUAGUCUAAGAGGCUAUGAUAAGAUUCCC